AUGGCACGAUCACAUCCGCCGUCUUCAUUCAGUGACCUCUUCAAGCUGGGCAAAGAGGUGCUCAAGACAGAAACCUUCGUCCUUCACGAAGGUCAAACACGAGGAGAUGAAGGGAGGAAGUGCCUCGUCAAGUGCCUGUUCGUCUUCGGUCUGACAAAGGCAGAGAGGGCUCAGGUAGGCGAAGAUGUUCGAACCUUCCGAAGGGCAAAGCACCCGGCAGUGCUGGCGCUACAGGACGUCAUCGCCGAGCCAGAGGAACGAUUCUGGUACCUCAUCUACGAGCACAUGCCAGGAGGAACGCUAACAGAGCACCUCGGGACGGGCAGGCAAUUUACGGAGGGAGAAGCCAAGGCUAUGGCCGCUCGGUGUGUGCCGUUCGCCCCCGUUCAGAAAAUACGACCAGAAAAAUUAUAA